AUUAUGUCUAUAUCACCUACGAUGUUCCACAUUACAAUAUUUAGUAUUUACAAUACUACUUACUACUAGAUACUUCUAUUAGUAUUUAGUUUAUACUUUGAUGUCUACGUGUGUCGUUUCAAUAUACAGAAUACAUAUUAUACAAAAAUAUUUAUUUAUAUUCAUAUAUAUAAUAUGCAAUAAAUGUUUUUCUCUUAAAUCUUUAAUCUCUUAUACAGAUUACAGUUAGAAAUGCCACCAGUAGACCCCUUCGACGCGACUAAAUCGAAUUGAAUUCUCCACAACGUUCUCGAAGACAGUUCUUGCGUUGUAGUCAUAUAUUUUUCGUCAGUUAUCAGUAUAAUAAUUAAUUACACAAUUUUAUUAUAAUUAUUUUAUUAUUAUCUACCCGUUAUACACUUUAUCUUCAAUCCGGCGCAGUGCGCACUCGUCCCGAACACCUGCACUGUACACGACAUUCGCUUGUCGUAAAUUUCCGAACGGUUUUUCUCAACCGUCCAUUUCCUCCGAUCGUUACAAACCCGCAAUUGCCAAUCCACCGUUACCAAUACCGACACACGCGAUGUCGGAAUGCCGUGCACAACAGUUUGCAGACAUUGUAUCGCCGCCGCACGUUUGGGUGGAAAGAUGUGGCGCGACAGUGGUACAGACACCAGACGACCAAUAAGUGUCCGUCCCCGGACCACUGUUUUCGGUUUGUCGCGUUACCGCUGCUGUUGGUGACUGUGAUCAUAUUAGAUACCAAUUAUGGAUAAUGAUAUAUUGGAUGAAAGAUCAAGAGAAUUUUUAGAAACUGCAGAUCAGUAUAUCACUGAACAUGGCCAUCAGCAUGUAUCUGAAGAAAAUAAUAAACAACUUGUUAGUGACCAACAUAAUUUGCCUGAAGAAUUCCGUAUCGAUGAGAAUGGAGAAUUGUCCCAUCAUACAACUGGGUAUUAUGAUACAAAUGAUAUUUUAUCUGGUGAUGGAUCUACAACUCUCACUGAAGAUGACCACCGAUUAGCCAAUGAACUAGCUGCUGAGCUUGCCCAACAGAACAAAUCUCUUGUUGAUGGUGGCCAUCACGACACUCAUCUUAUGACCAGCUAUCUAUACAGUACUGAUUUUGAUUUAAACACGAAUAGUAAACAUUCAUCACAAACUUCAAGUCAUAUCAAUAAUCAACAAAUUAUUAGUCCUGAAAAUUUAAUAGAAGUUGAAGCUUCAGAAUCUGAUUACCAUGCAGAAAUACAAAAUAAUUUACCACACAAAAAACGUUUUCGCAAAAGAGAAUCCACCCCGGCUCCAAUGAGAAGUAUACAUUCAAAGUGUUACAAAUGUAAACAAUGCGGUGAACAGUUUAAUUCUCAAUCUGCAGUUACUGCACAUAAAUUAGUACAUGCUCCUAAACUAAAAGUUAGUGGCCGAAUGCCAUUCUUAUGCGAGAUCUGUGAUAAACAUUUUACACAUCAAAUAAAGUUUUUUGAACAUUUAAAAUGUCAUUAUGAACCACAGCAAAGUAAAGUAAUUGUAGUUACCACAGACUCUGGUACUUCACCACAUCAUGUAAAUUAUCAAAAUCAUAAUGUUCAAGAAUCAACAGAUAAUAAUGAAAAUCAAUAUAUUGAAGAAACCAUUGAAGACCAACCAGAACUUCAUGAUCUUCCUCCACUUCAGAGUUAUAGAUUAACAGAAGAGGAGAGCAUGGAAGAUAAUAAACAUUGCAUAUUUUCAUCUGAUGGGUCUAUAUUGGCUGCGCAACUUCAGCAGCCAUUUCCUUCAUGUCAUCUUUGUGGUAGAAAUUUUCGACGUUUAAAAGCAUUGGAAAUUCAUAUGGCUUCUGUACACCCACAACCUGCAACUGUUGUUACUGUUAAACAGGACUGUUUGGAAGAGUUUUCUGAUCCAGAAGAUCUAAUGGAAGGCAUUCGUCAUAUGGUACCUGGUGUAGCUGAUACUGAAUCAGAAACUGAUGAAAAGCAACCAAUACAAGACCAAAUUUGGGAGUACAAUGGUGAAAAUAUUACAAAUCAUGAAGAUCCUAUGAUUAAACCAAAAGAAGAAAAUAAUUGUUUGUUAAAUGGAAACGAUGAUAAUGGUGAAAACAGUCGAGCGGAACACACUUGGGAAGACGAUACCGAUGAAUUGGAACAAAUAAUGAAAAAAAAUAUAUCAAAGAAUCUUGUAUGCACUCAAUGUAAAAGAAAGUUCAAUCAUCGUAAUUCUCUACUAUAUCAUUUAAGAUCGCAUUCCGGUAAAAGACCACAUAGCUGUAAACUAUGUCCUAAGAGUUUUUUUUCCAGCAGUGCUCUUAAGGUACACAAUCGGCUACACACCGGAGAUAAGCCAUUUGAAUGUGAAUGGUGUGGACGAAAUUUUCGACAGUGGGGUGACCUUAAGUAUCAUAUUGCUUCAUUGCACUCUGAAUCUAAACAAUUUCAAUGUGAAUUUUGUGGUAAAGACUUUGCUCGUAAAUACUCUUUGAUUGUGCAUCGUCGAAUACAUACGGGUGAAAAGAAUUAUGUUUGUGAAUUUUGCAAAAAAACUUUCCGUGCGUCAUCAUAUUUGCAAAAUCAUCGUCGAAUUCACACAGGUGAAAAACCAUAUAAAUGUGAGACUUGUGGUAAAGCAUUCAGAGUACGUUCAGACAUGCGUCGACAUACUGUAGUACAUAGGAAAGAUGUUGUAAACUCUGUUCAAAUUAAUAGUUAUGCUGGUCAAGUGAGUGGGAUUGUUACAUCUUCUGACAUGAGUAUCCAUCUAACUAAAUUGGAAGUGAAUAAAGAUAAAAUAACAGCAGAAUCUGAUGGAGAUGUUAAAUUCCAUGAAAAUUUCUCUCAUGAUUCCAAUCAAAUAUUAACUGCAGAUGAAGUUAGUGCACCUCUUAAUCUCAAUUUACGAGCUCAAGAUAAUGGUCACGACGAUGAAUCAACUAAUUUUGAACAGUUUAAUGGCCGUCAAGAAAUAAUUGAUCGGGAAACAAAUACUUUAUACGUUUGGAUUCCAUCCAAUACUGAGCAAUUAUUACAAAGUGAAUGAUUUUGGUGAACUUGGAGUCUUGUACGAUUUGGUCAACUUCUUAAAUCGAAAGACUUAUAACUUGUAAUAUUUCGCUGAAUUUUAGUAAACAUGGCCACUGAAUGCAGGUAUCAAAAAUACAAAAAUCAUACUCCGCCUUAAAAGAUCUUAAGAGUAAGAGUUGUUUAUGGCUGCUACUAAGUCUGAUAUAAAAUUAUUUUGAUACCUCAUUUGAAUUACAAAAUUGCGUUUGAUUACUUUUUGUUCUGAUAUUAAAAUCAAAUAAGAAAACGUUAACAAGGUAAAUUAUUCAAAUUGAUGACCCAUAUACCAUUAUAAUAUAAGUAUAGACUUUUGGGUCAAUAAAAGUAUUAUAUAAUUAACACAA